AUAUACAUUCGGCUAUGUUACCGAAUUAACAUGUUCCGGAAGUAAUCCUACAUUGCUCACUUGACGUUGGUCUGCCGCAAUAUUUACGCCGAGGUUAGAUGUUACUGCAGUCAUCCUGACAACGAAACUACUGAGAAGGCUCUACACCGAUUUGAGACUAAAAUCAUGUUAAAGAGAGGAUAGUCACCCUUCGACACACGUUAUGGGCAUCCAAGGGAGGUCAAAUCGAUGGAUCGCUAGAUUAAACGCUGCGUCUUUUUGCAGCUCUGCUUUAUAACGUUGUGGCUCUGAACUAUUUUACACCAGAUAAACGCAGCAGCAGAAUCAUGCCAGGCAAACUUAAGGCCAAGAUUGUGGCGGGUCGCCACCUGCCCGUCAUGGACCGAGCGAGUGAUCUCACCGAUGCUUUUGUUGAGGUCAAAUUUGGAAAUACAACUUUUAAAACAGACGUCUAUCCCAAGUCCCUUAACCCUCAGUGGAAUUCUGAGUGGUUUAAAUUUGAGGUGGAUGAUGAGGACUUGCAGGAUGAACCAUUGCAGAUCACGGUGUUGGAUCAUGACACCUACAGUGCCAACGAUGCCAUCGGCAAAGUCUACAUCGACAUUGACCCUCUGCUCUGUAGCGAGGCUGCCACAGUUAUAUCUGGAUGGUUUCCUAUUUAUGACACUAUACACGGUAUCCGUGGUGAGAUUAACGUCCUUGUGAAGGUGGACCUCUUUAACGAUCUCAACCGCUUCAGACAGUCUUCGUGUGGUGUUAAGUUUUUCUGCACUACGUCUAUCCCGCGGUGCUAUCGGGCUGUGAUGGUCCACGGCUUUGUGGAAGAGCUUGUGGUGAAUGAAGAUCCAGAGUACCAGUGGAUCGACCGCAUCCGAACACCACGAGCAUCCAACGAAGCCCGCCAAAGACUCAUCUCACUCAUGUCAGGUGAGCUCCAACGUAAGAUUGGGCUCAAGAUUCUGGAGAUGGGGGGGAAUGCGGUGGUGGGCUACCUGCAGUGCUUCGACCUGGAGGGUGAGAGCGGCCUGGUUGUCAGGGCUAUCGGCACCGCCUGCACCCUCGAGAAGCUCAUCAACCCCCCCAGCAAUGCCCAGCACACCGCCAACUCCUCGCCGUCCAAAGACAUCAAGGAAUCUCCAGCGGCGUGUGUGACGUGUGUGUCGGGCUGUCGCUCGAGCCACAGCAGCCCGGUGCACGGCGCGGCGUCUCGUCUGGCGCAGGGCUUCAGUGUGUCCUAUCCCACGCUGCUCUUCUCCGGUACGCUGGGCUCCGGGCGCCCCCCCCGGGCGGCCCCUCGCCCCCGCUGCGCCAACACCCCCCUCUCUCAGGCCCCAGCUGCCAGACAGUGUAGGCCUGUGUUUGGGGAAGAGUGCCCCUCUAACCCCCUCUCCUCCGGACCCUCCACCCCCCUGAGGGCCCCGGCCUUCUCCUUCUCCCCCUCCAAGUCCUACAGCCGCCAGUCCUCCUCCUCCGACACCGACAUCAGCCUCACACCCAAGACUGAAGUCCGUCAGUCUCGUGCCACCUUCUUUCUCUCUCCCAGCUCUCCCACCCUCUCCUCAGUCUCGGCCCCUCCCCUUUCCCCACUCAAACCCCGCCCCUCAGGAUCAGAGGGAACCCCCAGGAGCUCAACUCCUCCCCCCUCACUUGUGGCCCAAUCAGAAGCAGCCACGCUGAGAAAGAGUGUCUCUUUCAGUGAGAACUUGCUUCUGGCAGCCUCUGGAAUGGGCAGUGGGGGAAGUGGAGGGAAGGAGGCUGGGCCUCUCAAGACUCUGCUGAGGCAGCAGACCCAAACAGCUCUGGAGCAGCGGGAGUUCCCUUUUUUCACCCUUACGUCUUUCCCUCCUGGCUUCCUGUUGCACGUUGGUGGUGUGGUCAGCGCCCGCUCUGUCAAGUUGCUUGACCGGAUACACAACCCUGCGUUGGGUAGCGGCAGAUCUUACAAACUGCUAGACUGGAAUAGUUGCCCUGCAGAUGAACCAGAGACACGUGAUGCAUGGUGGGAGGAGCUUCGCCAGGAGAUCAAGUCUCACGCCAAAGCGCUUGGAUGCCACGCGGUAGUGGGGUACAGCGAGUCCACAAGCAUCUGCGAGGAGGUGUGUAUUUUGUCGGCGGUGGGUACGGCUGCAGUACUGAACUGCCGGUUCCUACAGGAUGGUUGUCUGGACGCGCUCACCGAACACAGGUUGUCACGGCAACUGCCCCUCUUUCCCUCCGGGUCAGACAAGGUCGAGUUUGAUUUGGGUAGUUCAGCCUCACUAGGGUGCGAGGAUCUGGCGCCCCCUGGCUGCGGCUUCUGUCACAUUCCCUACGAUGAGCUCAACAUGCCGUUUCCAGCCCAGCUGUCCUGUUGCUACUGCUGCCGCAGGGCCAAGGUGCCGGAUGUGCUCUUCACCACCAUAGACCUACCCACGGAGGCCAGCAUUCUCGGCAAGGGCUGCCUCAUACAAGCCAGGUUGUGCCGUCUGAAGAAGAAGGGUCAAGGCGAGGGCAAUGCCACGUGCAUCAGCAGCCUGCUGCCCUUCAUGGAGUACGAGCUGCACACUCAGCUGCUCAACAAGCUCAAGCUGCGCGGCAUGAACGCUCUCUUCGGCCUGCGCAUCCAGAUCAGCGUCGGAGAGAACAUGCUCGUUGGCCUGGCGUCGGCGACAGGUGUGUAUUUGUCUGCACUGCCGUGUCCAGGAGGGAUCCAGAUAGCAGGAAAGGCCCCAGGAGACCUGAGCUACGAGCAGCACGUUUCCAACAUGCAGCGCAAGAUCAAUGACACCAUCAACAAGAACCGAGAGCUCUACCACAUCAACCCCCCUGAGGUUGUUGAGGAGCUGAUUGGCUCUCCCAUCCCUGAGCCUCGCCAGAGGUCCCGCCUCUUCCGCUCGCAUUCCGAGAGCUCAGACGAGCUGUCCGAGAUCGACCUGUCCCACGGCAAGAAGGAUGCCUUCGUCCUUGAGAUUGAUGACACUGAUGCUGUGGAAGACAUUCACUCCCUCCUGACUGAUGCCCAUACUCCUCCAGGAUUCUUCAGUUGUAACACAGAGAUCAUGCCUGGGAUAUACAACUGGACGUCAGGACUCCAGAUGUUUUCCUCCGUGAGGGUGUUCCGCCUGAGCAAUGUCAACCUGACCAAUCAGGGACUCAACAAAAUCUUCAGUGAGUUGUGUGAGAAUUUGCUCAAGAGUCUCUACUUCAAGCUGCGCUCAAUGGUUCCCUGCUGUCUGUGCCAUCUCAACUUCACCGUUGCCGUACCAGAAGACGAACUUAUUCAGGUUGCUGUGACUGCUGUAGCAAUGAGCUUUCACAAAGAUCAGAUUCAGGACAGCAACAAGUCUGGUGAUGAUCGCGCUCCAAUGAAAGUCAUUACUGAAAAUGAGGAGCAGCUUCAGUUUCCUCUGGAGCUCAGUGCAGAGAACCCUCAGCCCCUCAGCUCCGCCAAGAACUCAGGGCCCUCAGACGGCUCCGCUGGUGGCCUGGCUAGAGCUCCCUCAGUUGAUUACAGUUCCUUUGCAGACAGAUGCAGCUCGUGGAUAGAGCAGCUUAGACUGAAAGCUCACACCAUAAGACGCGGAUCAAUAAAGACAACCUCGUCGGCGGAGAGGGCAAGUCCGCUGCCUGAUGGUCGCUCGCGCUCACUGCGCUCUACUCGCUCAUUUCCUGGAAGCACCGUUGCCGUGGUGAAAAUGACUCCACUGUCCUUCAUCCCCGGAGCCAAGAUUGUCAAGUACCUGGGCAUCAUCAACAUGUUCUUCAUCAGGGAGACCACCUCCCUCAGAGAGGAGGGCGGCGUGAGUGGGUUUCUGCACUCGUUCAUAGCGGAGGUGUUUGCCAUGGUCCGUGCUCAUGUGGCUGCGCUGGGGGGGAACGCUGUGGUGUCCUACAGCAUGAAGGACUGUGUGUUUAUGGAGAACCCAAACAAGAACCAGGCGCAGUGUCUGAUCAACGUCAGUGGUGAUGCGGUCAUCUUCACCCGAGAAACAGAACUGGAGGCAUCUUCUACACAACCACAGACUGCUAAUACACAAUCCAAUGAAGACACGCCCGCAUAAACUCACCCGCACACACUCGCUCUGGGUUCCUUUGUUUCUGCAUGCUGAGGACCUGCUUGUUUUUUUCUCAAAAUGUACAUUCCACUGGAAGAGGCAGCUAGGGUGUCGGAAGAGGUGUGUGUGUGUGUGAAUGGAUGUACAGACGUGUGUGUGAAUGGAUGUACAGACGUGUGUGUCUGCAACAGGAUAUGCUUUGGCCAAAGUAAGUCUGUCUAGCCUUUGUUGUUUGAAUGCAAUUAUGAUUUGUUUAGCUAGCGUGUUGCUCACGGACAAUCAAGACAAAGCUCUAGCGUCUGAAUCUAUUCAUCAAGUUUCCUUCCAGGGGCCAAACUGCGCUUGGAAAGGUCAUGAGUUUCCCUGCAGUGGCCGCCUCCCAAAGAGCCAAGCACACACCGGGUCACUUGUGUCCAGCCACAUUACCACACUUGUGCAACCCCUUUGCUCACAGCACCAGGGUUGUGUGUGUGUGUGUGUGGCCUUUCUGCCCACAGCAGCAGGGCUGUGUGUGUGUGUCUGUAUGUGUGUGUCAGGGGUGACCCUGCCGUCAAGGUGAAGAGCCGUCUUUGAGCAGUCCAGACCCCUGCUGUGAGGGGACAGAACCGGCUCCGACAUGCCUCUUGUCAGGAUGAGAAUCCUUCUGAGGCUCUAGAAGCUUGUGGGAUCUCGGUGGGUGGUGAGGGUGUUUUGAUGGUGAAGAGCCCUCCUUUCCUUGAGCAGUGUUUUCAAUGCCCGCACACUCUCUCAGCUGUAGGGGCUUGUCAGUCUCAGCUGUGAGGGGCUUAAGUACUCUGUGUUUUUCUGGGGGGGUUGAAAGGUACUUGAUGAACUGUCUGUCUGUGUCAGUGUGUGAGUCUGAAAUGGUACAGUUUAGCACAGUGCCAGUAGUCCUAAUGUGGUGGUGGUGGGAGGGGUCACUAUGUAGCCCACUAUACUACAUAUUGUAACCCACUGACCAGUAACAACCCUGGCCUGUGUGUGCCAGCCAGUCAUCUCAAAAUGAACCACACAUAUUUUUGAAGAAGCCAUAUUGUUCACUGUCCUCUCACACACACCAUUUUCUCUGACCAUCCCCUUCGACUGAUAUCUCACCUCCAUAUAACCCCAGACAUGCAUGCAAGCACAGGUCUGCUGUACUACUGACAUCCUUCAAAUUGUGUAUAAAUGCUGGAUUUGUUUUUUUUAUUGUGUCUUUUAGUGUAGGUGCCACAGAAUCAGUUUGAAACUGAUUUUAUUCACACCAAGGUUUUUUUUUUUUUUUUUUUAAGCUUCAGCUUCUAGUGUCUUUCUCUGUGCAUGUGCAUUGCUGUCCAUAGACUGUAUGUGGGGGAUGUAUGUAUGUGUGUUUGUGUGGAGACGUCCUGUUGAAGACUUGAAUGCUUAGAGUGACUCUGGUCAGCUCUCUCUCAGUCGUCCAUUUCUCUGCCUGAAGACGAAUCUUGCACAAUAAAUAACUAUAAGUAAA